AUGGUCGGUCUAUUUUGGUCGACCAAGAAAUCGCAAUUUCCCGGCCCGACGAUGAUCCGAGUCCAGACCGCGUCCUCCCGCAACACACGCAACGCACACAACGCACACCGCACUCUCCCUGCAGGCCGGGACAGACCCGGAGGCAGGCACGACGUUCUGCAAGGUGCCGAAGGGGUGUGA